AUGGAAGAAAAAGCAAAACCUAUGCAGACUAUAAAUUAUUACAGUUUUAUUUCAGGGGUGUUCAUCUGCCGUGGGAAGGAAGAUGCUCUAGUUACGAAAAACAUGGUACCUGGUGAAUCAGUGUAUGGUGAGAAGAGAAUAUCUGUGGAGGAUGGAGAAAACAAAAUUGAAUACAGAGCAUGGAAUCCGUUCCGUUCAAAGUUAGCUGCUGCCAUUCUGGGUGGAAUAGACCAAAUUCACAUGAAGCCAGGUACAAAAGUUUUAUACCUGGGAGCAGCAUCCGGAACGACAGUAUCACAUGUUUCAGACAUAGUUGGGCCGGAAGGCCUGGUUUAUGCUGUGGAGUUUUCUCACCGUUCUGGGCGUGAUCUUAUUAAUGUAGCAAAGAAGCGUACAAACAUCAUCCCCAUUAUUGAAGAUGCAAGGCAUCCACACAAGUACCGGAUGUUAGUAGGAAUGGUUGAUGUGGUAUUUGCAGAUGUUGCUCAGCCUGAUCAAACCCGAAUAGUUGCCCUUAAUGCACAUAAUUUUCUGAAGAACGGAGGUCACUUUGUUAUAUCUAUAAAGGCAAACUGUAUUGACUCAACUGCUGCACCUGAAGCUGUAUUUGCAUCUGAAGUGAAGAAAAUGCAACAGGAGAACAUGAAACCACAAGAACAGUUGACACUGGAGCCUUACGAAAGAGACCAUGCUGUAGUUGUCGGGAUGUACAGGCCACCACCCAAGCAGAAGAAAUAGUGGAAGAGGUACAAAUUGUGUGAUGGCAGCUAUGCAGAUUUUCGAGAAUGUUGUUCAGAAGGCUGCAUAUUGGCUCCAUGGGGAAGGACAGUUCCAAAGGACAUUUCCAAUCUACAUGCAGUGUUGCUGUUCAGUGAACUGCUUUUUCUUUUAUUUUAAUCUUCUUUCUAGAAGAGUUGAGCUUUUUGUAUUAUAGCAUUUUAUAAAGAGAAAUUUAACUGAAAGUUGUUUGCUAUAUACCCAAGACAUUUAUAAGACCCAUGUGUAUAGGACUGUGGAAGAAGCUAACUGGAAUUUGGCGGUGGACUGGCAAGUCAGUGUCUACUUCAAUGGCAGAACAAGCAUUCUAUUCUAAGAUUUGAAGUUUUCAUUUAUGCUCCUAUAUAGUCUUGUGGCCAGGUACAGUGUUUUGUGUAAUGCACAGUAGCACAUGCCUGGACAGACUUGUGCCAAACAGGGUGAAGUUCUAUUGUGGAUCUAUCACAAAUCUUCAUGUUUCUCUCUUGAUUAUUCUGUAUACUAGGCCUCAGACGAGACUGACUGCAUAUCUGUAGGAUAUUCUAUUGUCUAGCUUUUAAGUUAGAGGAAAUUAAUUUAGUUAGUCAUCACAGCAAUUGUAUAGGGCAUUGUAAAAAUCACCCAUCAAAUGUGUGCAGCUUCCACAAACAGGACCUGAAACUUUUGAUCAUCCACAAGUUCCAUAAUUUGUAGACCUCUAUGAGGCUCAUCAGCAUGUCUUCAGUGGAGCUUAACUGAAUCAUUAAAAACACGGGUCUGUA